AUGGCUUCUCUAGUAGAAAAUGCGCCAGCAGACUCGCGUAGCCUGGAGGCCGACCGCAAAUGGAGUUUGCAACCACUUCUGCGCCAUGCUGAACGUUCGCACCAAAAGAUGCCAGGGAUUAGGAAGAUUCCUCUACGUGCAAUUAGCAUUAUCCUUUUUAUAGCACUGCUGAAUGCUAUCGUUUGGAUUGCAGCUGCGAUUGUGUUGCGUUAUCACACGUCGCUGGUCUCUACUGCAGUGCUUGCUUAUACUCUUGGUCUGCGACAUGCAUUCGACGCUGAUCAUAUUUCGGCCAUUGACUUAAUGACACGAAGACUUCUGGCUACUGGACAGAAGCCGGUCACCGUUGGAACUUUUUUUUCUCUGGGUCACUCGACUAUCGUGGUCAUCACCUCGAUUGUUGUUGCCGCGACUGCAGCUGCCGUUUCCUCCAAAUUUGAUAGCUUCAGCACCAUUGGCGGCAUUAUUGGAAGCUCUGUCAGUGCUGCUUUUCUAAUAUUACUGGGUCUGAUGAACGGCUAUAUCCUCUAUAAGCUCAUCAAGCAGAUGCAGAAGGUUUUCAACUUGCCCGAAGGCCAAGAGGAUGAAGCUUGGAAGAUUGAGGGAGGGGGAUUCCUCUUCAACAUCCUGAAAAAGAUGUUCAAAUUGAUCGAUCGGCCGUGGAAAAUGUACCCGCUCGGAGUCCUCUUCGGCCUGGGCUUCGAUACGUCGUCAGAAAUUGCUUUGUUGGGCAUAUCUUCGAUUCAAGCGGCAAAGGGAACUUCAUUCUGGGUGAUCCUCAUUUUUCCGGCGCUUUUCACUGCUGGAAUCCCGCUGCGAAUUUCCUCCCCCCCGAAGCGAGACAGCACUGUCUCUGAAGAUGGUGACGAAAUGCCCCAGUCCCACGACAACCAUCGUGAUCCCAUUGCCUUCCUCUAUUACUCCAUUGUCCUUACCACAUUAACCGUCAUUGUCGCUAUCGUUAUUGGUGUGAUCCAACUUCUCACCAUGAUCCUGAACGUUACAAACGCUACUGGAAGGUUCUGGGACGGCGUGCAAGUGGCUGGCGACUACUACGAUGUUAUAGGUGGAUCAAUUUGUGGUUGCUUUUUGAUUAUCGGUGGUCUUAGUGUUCUCCUCUACAAGCCCUGGCGGAGAUGGAUGGCCCGACGCCAUGGACGGCCAAUGGUGAAUGACGAAGAGAGAUAUCGUGAUGAUGAGAGCGAAUCAGCUGUUGAAAGCGGAGUUACCGUCCAUGAACCUGGUAGUAAUGUCAAGCAGGGCCGUACUGAGGUGUUUGGAAAAGGGACUUCUUCUCAGAUUGCAGUGACUGCUCAAGAGCGUCGCAUUGAAGAUGAGAUUGUUUAG